GCCUUUUGUUCCUUCCCCUCUCCAGCUUUCCCCAAUAAAAAACCAACAGCAAAAUUAGUGAGACUGAUAAACUCAUUGUCGCUUGUGCUUAUCCUCUUUGAAGGUUUCGUUUACACAAUUCUCCUAAUCGUUCUUUGAAAUCCUCAAAAUUCUCCGGAAAUCUAACUCUUUACUCUCUUAAGAGUUCAUCAGAACCUCGUCGUCAUUGAUGGUUACAGCGAUGUUUUGUGCGUUGUCUUCUCCAGUCACAUCUCUUCUCUACCCUAAAGCUUAUAAACUGGGUCAAGCUAAAUCGAAUUCGAAGAGAUCAUUAUGCUCUAAGCGUGCUUCGUUGCCUGUUUCUGAUAACAAUCUUAAGUUUGAAUACACACCAUGGCUUAUCGUUGGACUUGGUAACCCUGGAUUGAAGUAUUACGGAACAAGGCACAAUAUUGGUUUUGAGAUGAUUGAUCAUAUAGCUCAGGCUACAGACAUUUCCAUGAACACUAUACAGUCCAAGGCUUUAGUUGGGAUAGGUUCUGUUGGAGAAGUUCCGAUUUUGUUGGUUAAACCUCAAGCAUACAUGAAUUUUAGUGGUGAAUCGGUUGGACCGUUAGCGGCGUAUUAUCAAAUACCCUUACGCCACAUCCUGAUGAUAUAUGAUGACAUGGGUUUGCCUAAUGGUGUCUUGAGGCUUCAACCAAAAGGAGGUCAUAGCCAACACAACGGAUUAAAGAAUGUGACAGAACAUUUAAAUGGUUGCCGCGGCUAUCCCCGCUUAUCAAUCGGAAUUGGAAAUCCACCAGGUAACAUGGACAUGAAAGCGUUUCUUCUCCAGAAAUUCAGCCCUUUGGAGCGUGAACAGAUCGAUGAUGGACUGGAACAAGGUGUUGAAGGUGUGAAGACACUUAUUGAAGAAGGAUUCAGCGAUUCAAUAUCACGAUUCAAUUUGGGACAAAAAUACAAGUUUCGCACAGUUUAAUUUCCUCUAUAUCUAUCUACUUGGUCGUGAUGAUACCUGUCACAGUAACCAGUAACAGUAGUAACAGUAGUAACACCAUAGUCCAAACAUUGUUAUUACCCUUAGUUUUUGUUUUGUGUAGCUUAUAUUGUAUUUUGUAAGCGUUAUUAGAUAACGAUCAAAAUUUUAUCGAUAUAUUAUGAGUUUUUCUAUU